ACAACAGUUAGCGGAAAUAAAGGCUUGCCAAACGGUUGUUGUAGGUGUGUUCAGUUUUAAGACUUCUAAAAUUUGUUUUAUUUUCUCUAUUUCCAUUGAAUUAUUUUUCUUCCUUCAAUACACUGAAAUAUAAGUGCAAUCGUUUUAUUAUGAUAAUCAUUAAAAGCCACACCUGCUGAUAACCACAGUACUGGAACCAAAAGAAAUCUCAGAUGUAAACAAGAACAAGUGUUAAAUAUCCAAAAUGUGGAAAAGUGUUAUAUUACCCUCGAUUUUAACCGUAAGUUUGUUCAUUUUCGGUGUCAUAGGUCAAUAUGAAUGGCAGGCAAGAGACGCUUUCGAUGAAAUCACACGACAAAUGGAGAAGGUUACCAAAUACAACUGUGAAAUAAGGCAUACGGGAGAGCUAUACUUAUCCAAUGACACUGUCUCACAUUUACCGGAUAUCAAAGAUGUAAACAUAAAUCCCGUCUACCCAAAUAGGACUCAGCUACUGCAUUUACAUAAUAUGGCCUUAAGUCGAGCAUUUUUUUGGAGUUACAUACUUCAGAGCAGAUUCAUUCGCCCAGCCAUAAAUGACACCUAUGAUCCUGGGAUGAUGUAUUAUUUCUUAUCUACAGUAGCAGAUGUUUCUACAAAUAUGCAUGUAAAUGCUUCUGCUAUCUACUUUGCCCCAAAUAGUUCAUAUUCUCCUUCAUAUCGUGGAUUCUUCAACAAAACAUUCCCAAGAUUUGCCCCAAGAACAUAUCGACUAGAUGAUUUCAAUGACCCUAUACAUCUUGAAAGGAUAUCUACUCUGAAUACUUUCACAGUACAUGACUUAGGAGCUGUCCCUCUAGAUACUAGCAAUGACUAUGCUUCUGAAUAUUACAGAAUAAAUGAAUGGUACAAGAAGUGGCUGCCAGAUAAUGUUGAUAGAAGACAUGAUACAAAAACAACAUACCAAGUUGAGAUUAGAUAUGCAAAUAAUACAAAUGAAACAUUCACAUUCCAUGGUCCUCCUGGAGCUGAUGAAAAUCCAGGUCCUGUAAAAUGGACAAGACCUUACUUUGAUUGUGGAAGAUCGAAUAGGUGGAUGGUAGCUGCUGUUGUUCCAAUAGCAGAUAUUUAUCCAAGGCAUACAAGCUUCAGACAUAUUGAAUAUCCAACUUAUACGGCAGCUUCCGUUGUUGAAAUGGAUUUUGAGAGGAUAGAUAUUAACCAGUGUCCAAAAAGUAUGGGUAAUAAUGGAGAUAACAUUUUUGCAGACACUGCUAGGUGUAAAAAAGAAACAACAGAGUGUGAACCGAUGCAUGGGUGGGGAUUUAGAAGGGGUGGUUAUCAAUGCCGUUGUAAACCAGGUUACCGUUUACCAUUUUUAAUGAGAAGACCAUAUUUGGGAGAAAUGAUUGAGAGGUCUACUGAAGAACAAUACUACAAUGGUUUUGAUUGUAUGAAGAUAGGAUGGGUUCAAAAAAUGCCUGUUCAAUGGGAGAAGGCUCCAGCGUACAUUAGAAACCACUAUUUGGACCAACAUAGGGAAUAUCUUAAUUCGACUGUAGGUCCGGAUAGUCUCAAACAAUCUCGAGUCAACAUUCACAGGGUACUAGACUUCAUUCACGGGAUGAACAAAGAAAAAUGCAAAAGAUAUAAACCAGAAGAUUUAAUUUUGCACGCUGGGGUCAUGCAUGGCGCUGAGGAGUACUUCCAAAAUGAGGCAAAAAUGGCGUUGAGAUUAGCGAAUUUCAUCAGCGCCUUCUUGCAAGUUUCCGAUCCACACGAAGUAUUUUCUGGAAAAAGAGUGGCAGAUAAGCCACUAACAGAAGAUCAAAUGAUCGGGGAGACUUUGGCAAUCGUAAUGGGCGACAGUAGGAUAUGGUCGGCUGGGACCUAUUGGGACAGAAACAAAUUCACUAACAGAACACUCUUUGCACCGUAUGCCUACAAAACGGAGUUGAACACAAGGAAAUUCAAAGUGGAAGAUCUGGCAAGGCUGAAUAAUACAGAUGAGGUUUAUGUGAAUAAGCCCUGGUUUAGAUUCUUAAAACAAAGAUGGGCGACUAACUUCGACAAUUUGGAAAGAUUCAACAUGAAAAUACGUAUACGUUUCAAUGAAACUGGGGAAUCUACCGUUAAAUAUGAACAUUAUCCGAACUCUUAUCAGGGGGCUAAACUCAGCGAUGGCUUUUGGACUGCACCGUAUUAUGAUUGUUACGGUAAAGUGCCAAUGUGGAAAAUAAAAUAUGUGGCGCCUUUCUUUGGUUGGAAUAGUCUGAAAGCUGGGCUUGAAUUCAAGGGCGUUGUAACUGUUACAAUGGAUAUGAUGAAGUUGGAUAUCAAUCAGUGUGCUGAUAAGUAUUGGGUUCCAAAUGUUUUCAAGGGUUCUGACAAGUGUGACCAAAAAUCUUCAUAUUGUGUCCCCAUCCUUGGCAGAGGUUUCGAAGCAGGAGGUUACAAAUGUGAGUGCAAACAAGGUUAUGAGUACCCAUUCGAAGACCUCAUUACUUAUUAUGAUGGUCAGUUGGUAGAAGCUGAGUUUAGCAACUUGGUGGAUAACAACGAGACCAGAUUUGACAUGUUCAAAUGCCGUUUAGCUGGUGCGGGAGGGUUACAAUCCAAUAUUAUCGUAGUUUCGCUAUUUGUUUUUCUCCUUUUAUGCCUGGGAAGGUUUUGGUGAUGAACGAGUUAGCACAAAUCAAAACUGCCUUGAACUAUCUUAUGAUGAAUGUUUAUUGAUAAUCUUUUUGAGAAAUCAAAUUGAUAUUCAACGGUUACAAAACUUAUCGUAAAUGCGAUAUCUGGCACAUUAUACUCAAAGUUCUCAAUCCAUGGAUCGAAUAAGCAUUCACCUAAUGCCUUUACGUGAGACAUAUCAGGAUUAUCCAGGAGUUAUAUAGGACGAUCUGUAAUACUCUACGUAAUUCUAUUUUGGCUGCAAUAUUGUACCUAAGUAUGGUACUUACUCUCUGAUUUUCCGUCCAUUUUUAAUGAGAAAUGAUCUUGAACUUUUUCGUACUGAAUUUCAAUUAUAGUUAUAUAAUAGCUCUUUUAUAAAUGAUGUUUUGUUAUAAAUAAGUUGAUAUUUUGAAAACUGACCACUCAGUUUUAGACAUGAUAUACAAUCUGUACCUUGAAGUUAUGUUUAUUUAAUGGUUCAGUAACGUUUGCCUUGAAAAGCUCUCAUAAUGGGAACAUAUUUUUUUAAAUUCUAAUUGUGCCUUUCAUUGCCCAAACCAUUUAACAAUCCUUGGAAAUGUGCAUUUUCUCAUAUCCAAGGGUAUGUAUCUGUAUCGAAUAUACAGAAUUUCCAAAGAAAAUUUGGAUUGUGUUUUUAAGAAAAGUUUUUCAGUUUGUUUUCGUCAUAGAUACUCUAUGUCAUAGAGUCUCCAUGUCUAUGGUUUUCAUUCAUAUUUAUGGUUUUGUCACAGAACUGAUCACUAAGUUGUUCUGUGAGUGUAAAACUUCUGUGGACAGUAAACUCAGUAGUUGUUCUAUGACUAAACCACAGAUCCACAAAACCAUUGAUGUAUUCACAAAAUAUGAAAAUUCACUUUGAAAAUUGAAUAUGUAUUUCGAUAUCACUUGGAUUCAACAGCUAAUACAAUUCGGAGGAUUGUAAAAUGAUUGACUCAACCAAAAGGCACAAAUGGAAUUUAAAAAAAAAUACAUUUUCAUGGUGAGUUUUUUCGAGUAAUUACAACUUACGAGGUUCGCAAACGUUUCUGAACACUUCCAUUGAUUUGUACAGUUUUUUUUAUUGCUAUUUAAGAAAAUGCAAUUUUUCAAUGUGUACAGUAAUCUUUUCAGUGAUUUGACUAGAAAUACGAAUUCAAGAAUUUUUAUGCUGACAUGUUCAAUUCUAGGGAUCCUAUGUUUUAAGGGGUACAAAGUUUUUAAUACUAUCAUCCAACUUCCGUCCUUUAAAAUUUAUUUUUAUAAUUGUUUUUUCAAACGCUCCUUCUAUUUGGACUUGAAAAUUUUUAUCAAUGAUUUUUUUAUCUUAUUUUAUAAGUAGAAAGUACCUUUUAAGAAAUAAUUGUUGUGAAUGUCUAUUUUAUUGUAUAUUGUACUAAUUUGAUAGGAAUUUAUUAAACAAUUCAAAUACCAAAAA